GUGAAAUCGUAACUAUUGUUGGAGGCUCUCCUAUGGCAGUCAACAUGCUGCUCCCCUACAUGCCAUUUCUGACAGACUAUUGGCCAUUUCUGGUGGCUGGUGUAGCUUGCUUUGCCGCUGCCAAAUAUCUAUUCACCGUUGUUUCGGAGGCUCCUGAUGAAAAAACUCUUGGAGAAGAGGAGGAGCUCAUAGGGGAAGACGAGCUAGACAUGGACAGUGUAGACGGGGGCCAAGACCCUGACAUAGCCUCAGCCCUACCCUGGGACUUGGAGCAUGUGCCCUACAUCUUCACUCGACUUUCACUUGAAGAGUCAUUACAGCAGUCCAAGGAAUUCUAUGAGAAGAUGAACACUCGUCGCACAGUUCGCUACUUCAGUGCUGAUCCUGUGCCUAAAGAGGUCAUUUACAACAUCAUCCGAGCAGCUGGCACAGCCCCUAGUGGAGCACACACCGAACCUUGGACUUAUGUGGUAGUGUCGGACCCGACCAUCAAACAGCAGAUCAGAGAAAUUGUGGAGGCUGAAGAAGAGGAAAACUACAAGAAGAGGAUGGGCAAGAAGUGGGUGAUGGAUCUGCGGCCACUCAAGACCUCCUGGAAGAAGGAAUACUUGACGACAGCUCCCUACCUGAUCCUGGUGUUCAAACAGAUGUUCAGUUAUACGGAGGACGGCGCAAGGAAGGUUCACUACUACAAUGAGAAGAGUGUUGCUAUCGCGUCUGGUAUCCUCAUCACGGCCAUUCACAUGGCCGGACUGGUGUCGCUGACCAGCACGCCCCUCAACUGUGGCACUGCUCUGCGUACUCUGCUUGGUCGGCCCAUGUCCGAGAGGCUUACUCUGCUGUUGCCCGUAGGCUAUCCAGCAGAAGACGCUACUGUACCUAACCUAGCUCGGAAACCCCUGGACGAGAUCAUGGUUGAGAUUUGAAACUCACAAUGGAAAGCUUGUGACUAAAGUGAGAUUAUUGAAAGCAGGUACAGUAGAAGCAAGAGUAGGUUCUACAUAAUAAAGGAAUAUAAUUGAAUGAUAUUAUGCAAAUAACACAAUACAUAAAAGUUAUAAAGCUGUAUGAAACCUGUCACAAAAAAUCGCUCUACUUAAAAUAAUGAUGAAAAUAUCUGGUAGUGUGUCAAUCACAGUAACUAUAUUCACACAGUAUUUUAUCAGCAGGUUUUUACUUUUUUUAAAUACCACUUUUGUCUGUGAUCUUUUCCAUUCUGCAAUUCGUAGUAGGAAAUAAUCUAUUUCAUGUUUCUAUGAAAGGUUCAUCAUUAGUUUUAUGUUUUGUGUGUUUGAUAAGGUGGGAGAACAAGAACACCCAGCUAGUCAUCGUUUUGUGCCGUUCAGACAGCCUUUAUAAGUAUGAUUUAUUAAUUUUUUUUAAUUUGUUUUCCAUGAUCUUGUUACGAUCAAUUAAAUUGAGGAUUAACCGUUAUAUUUUAUAGUAUUUAUAUUUAUUUAUACUUAUAUUUUAUUGUAUCAACGAUUAUUGGUAGUAAUAUUCAGUGUUUUGUUGUUCAUAUGCUUAGGUUUUUAAAAAUAUUUGGAGUAAGAGUAUUGUAUGUAUAUUACACCAAACUUGAUUGUUCUAUGUCUAAGUAUAAGAAAAGAUUACAUGUAAUUACACGUAUUAAGGCUUAAUUUGUAAAUAAAGUAAGUGU